UGUCUCUUCGUCUUCCUCCAAACGCUAAAUAAUUUAGUAGACAGAACACAAAAUCAAAGACAGAACAACAAUUAAUUGAACAGCGAGACACGAACGCCCCUUCACCACAAGCUGUACUUUGUGAGGGCCCGCCGACGGCAACCCCGGCCACCGCCUGCUCAAGGUCUGUGCAGUUCCUUCUGUAGACGUUGCUCGCGCCGCCCUCGUUACAGGUGGGUCUUGCUCGCUCGCGAAUUAAUCCUGUUCUUGCGUGUUUCUACAUUGUUUAUUCUAACUAAAAAAAAAAAAAAAAAUACACAGCACUUCAUCAACUACAUCAAACCACGGCAGCGCGAACUGGAAUCGCAUUGUUGAUUCAACAUGCUGGGGGGAAAUGUAUUGUGUGAUUAGUGGCUGUUCACAGCAUGUGCUUCAGUGAUGCUUGCGCUGCUUGCGGCGUGCUGGCUCGUCUGUCAUUAGCGCCUUAAGAAGGACCUGCUUCGUGGAACCGCCCGCCGCGCAGGUGAGAAGAGACAGAGAGGAACCGGAGAGGAGCAAACUGCAAAUCUAUAUUGAAGGGGGUGAAGAAGUUUGCCUGGACUUCCGUGGCUGCCUCGCAGCUACAAUAAUUAUAUACUAAAUUCAAGGACCUCGCAAUUCGAUAGCGCAUUUCCGCGAACCGCUUCGUGGCCUCCGCUCGAGACGGUACCAAAGCAGCACGGAGGAUCGCCGAGGCCCUUGAGGAUGGCGUCCCAGCAGCAGCCGCCCACCUCAACGCAGCUCACAAGACACGCAGUCAACGGCUUCCGCUAUCAGGUGGCCGUCGGCACCACGGGCCGCGCUGUGCUCGCGCAGGCGGCGCAGUGGCUGUACCAAGGGGGACCAUGCGUCAGGACUUAUUUUCUCAGCCUAGGACACCAAGAAGCUGACUACAGACGCGUGUUUAACAGUGAACAAAGAAAGCUGUUGGAAAAUGGUGCUCCCUUCGAGGAAUAUGGCUUGCCCCUGCUCUUGCUCGUCCUCCAGCUCAUGUGUGGACUCGCUGGGCCGAGCGAUCCAGCCUGGGCGUGCCCUCUCACAGGCCAGCCCCUGGAACAUCUCAUCCACAGGCUAAGCCAGAAGCAAAGCGGCAUUACGCGCUCGAAGGACGUGCAGCAGAUGUCGGACCAGAAGCUGAAAAGGGAAUUGGGAAGACUCCGGCGUCUUCUCUCGAGGAUCCUUCGGCUGGCAGGGAGCCGGUGUGGAAUACCCCCACAUGUCCUGCGUGGCGAGGUCUGGCAGGCCAAGCAGGAUUUGCAGGACCUCACGAAGAAGGUCAGAGAACCUCUCCAGGCCUCAGAAAUGAACAGUCUCCCACAACUGCAGCAGGAAAUCCAGGUAUUCAGGGAAACCCUUCGGCGAAAGGUGGAGGAGCGCAGCCGGCAGGAGUUGUGCGACCUCUAUCCUCAUUUGUGGGAUGUGACUCUUGCGCAGUGGCUAUAUCCGGAGCUGACCGUCCGACCGAGUAUGAAUUUUACGAACUUGAUCCUCCUGGAAAACACGGCAUGUUCGCAAAGCUUUCGUAACUUACCCCUGAAAGACCUCUUGCAAACCACGCACCCAAAAGGAGGCCUACCUGAAGUGAUCCUGAUAUCAGGGGAAGGAGGAAUAGGAAAAACCACUCUGCUGAAAUACAUGCUGGAGAUGUGGGUGAGAGAUCCCUCUCAAAUCGGGGGCCUUCAAGACGUCUCACCCCUUCUCUACCUGCAACUCCGAGGCUCCAGCAUCAGCAGCUGGAAGGAUUUGCUCACGAACGUCCUUUACGACACAUGUCAGGAGUCUGGCCUUACGGUUGACUUCUUUGUUGAUCUCUUUCGAGAAAUGCAAGUUGUCGUGCUUCUGGACGGUUACGAUGAGGUUACCGAAGAGGCAAAGAAACUUGUGACUGAUCUUGCAACGUACCAAGGAAACAUGCGUGUUGUGAUAACCACUAGACCAAGUUGUCUGAUGGAACUAAACAAUAUAGUGAAUGAAAAACAUGUAAUACACAUUGAGAUCAAGGGAAUACGGCAGGAAGAUUGUCCUUACUUCGUCGAAAGCACUUUGGCUGCUCUCGUCCAGGACCCAUGGACUACAACCAAAUUACUGGAGAGGAAACUAAUAAGUGCACAGAGAGGGAUGGAGAAGUUGAUGCUGGGAAUUAGUCUAGGAGAUCGGAUGAGGGCGCCGUGGGUCAGGGAACAGACAAAAGUGGAAGAUAUAAUCGGGAACAUCAAAGAGAAAACAUUCAAUGGACAGGUCAUGUAUGUCGAAGACAGGACAACAGAUUGACAAAGAUGGUAACAGAUUUGGUUAUAGAUAUCAUAAAGAGACCAAGGGCUGAACUAAUCACAAGAUUGCGUGACGAAAUAACGAAAUUUUGGGGCCAAGACCGGAAACAAAAAAUGCAAGACAGACAAAAUUGGAAAAUAUUGGGAGAAGCCUACA